AUGUGGAACUACCGGGCCGCUAGCAUUCGCCCUAACAUGAUUCUAAUGCGAAGUUUAACUCCUAAAUUAGCACUGAAUCACGAGUCAAUGUUGUUCAAUAGAAGCCUUUGGAGCGGGAACAAUAGUAAACCAAAAUCAUUUCUAACCGCCUUUGGAGCUCGCAUAUUACGCGCCUUUGAUCGUAACCUAAAGUCUUUAUUUAAGAUUGGAAGAUGUACCAGAAAUUCUGUGUUUGGUUCCCUGCUGGAAAAUCGUUUAAUCCAGGUCAUGCUUGUAGAUUUUAGCCGUACUGUUACUAAAAGUAGGGAUGUGUUACUCAGUGCCGCCUGCCUCUCAGUCUACAACUGGGAAGAAAACUCCCAUCAAAGCGAGCAAAUUAAAGACCUUGCGAGUGAUGUUUCUUUCAUUAAUCAAUUGACACUUGAAACUCUCACUUGCAAAUCAUGCCAAAAGAGGUUAAAGAUUGACCAGAAAGUGCCAGAAGUGGUUUAUUGUUCAUGCUCUGAUAGUAAGCCAUCAAGUUCAGAAGUGAAUGGUUGGAAACCGUUUAUAGAGAGACCCAAUACUCUUGUAUGGCGAAAAGAACAUGAAACAUACAAGGGAUUGUAUGCCUACAAAAUGUACGGACGGUUUGAAACGGUAAAUGCAAUGGAUUUUCUUCGGGUUCAAUUGGACACAAGUUUUAGGAAGCAGUGGGACGCAUCAGCAAUUCAACUCGAAAUUAUAGAGGAAAAUGCAGAUACCAAUACAGAUCUAGUCUAUUGGGAAAUGCGAUGGCCAAGACCAUUUGCGAAUCGUGAUUAUGUUUUUGAAAGGAAACUGACAUUCAUUCCCAAAGAAAAUGUUUGUGUCAUUUCAAGUGUGGCCACAUCUCAUCCAGCAAUCCCAGUCAACAAGUCAAUGCAUCGAGUUACAGAGUAUUGGAGUUAUAUGGUUGUCAAACCGUUCACGAAUUUUGAAAGACCUGGUACAGAAUUUGUCCUUACGUACUUCGAUAAUCCUGGUUUAUCUAUCCCAUCGUCCGUCUCAACUUGGGUGGCAAUGACAGGGCUUCCAAAUUUUGUGGGCAAGCUGCAUGAUGCUGCUGGUAGGGUAACAGAUCUGAUGGGUCCUGAACCUGCAUUAAUGCACUGCCUUCGAGCACAGAUGGAUGCACAUCGGGGAGAUGUAGUUACCUCCAUUGAAAUUGAGGACUCGUUGACAGUACAAUUACCCUCCGAAGACCAGGCGACGUUGACGGGGCAGCAGGAUUCUUCCAUAGUUCAGGAAGAAAUAUUUUCAUUAACUAUUGUGGAAGGAGCAUCGAAUCUGACAAAAGAGGAAGCUUCAUCAGUAUUGCAAGCAGAAUCUACGCCGGCAGAAGCUGUAACCUCCGCCAGCCGAAUCCCUUCAACAGCAUCGCCGGUUUCCAGCAGUUUUCCUUCUUCGGUUGCCAACUUAAGUCCUGUGGAUAUACAUGUAAACCCCGGGGAGUCCGCUUCUCGAGAAAAUACCGAUAAAACGACAUCUCCUGCUUCAGAAAGUCCAACGGCUCCCAGUAGUUCUGCCUCGCCUCCUUGCUCAACUGCAUCCAACUCUUGUAGCGAUAGCGCCCAGUUUUUAACUAGAAGCCCAGUUUAUUGCUAAGUAAAUUGCAUAUCCAAUGUAAAUUUUUCUGACUACAAAUGCUAGCAUCCUCUUGUUUUUUCUUUCUAUCCUUUCCAUAUCUCUACGCAAUCCCCUUUCUGUUGAAAUUUUGAUGCGACUCUGCUGGCCUUUUUUUCUUUAUCCCAUGAAAGAACAGCAACACAUAGUCAAUGGAUGGUAAUAUGCAUUAAUCUACCUAUUUGAUGUUGUGAAAUCUUAUCUGAAAUUAAAGUGGACUUGUACAUGUUUGAUGUCAAGUUGUAAGAAACAUUAUGAAAAUCCA